UGUAAAAAUGUGAUUUAUUAUAUCGCCUUUUAUCUGAGAGUAGAUUUGCAUCUACUCUGAAUUGUUUUGAGAAAAUAAACAAUAGAUGCGUGAAUUCUGUGUAGUUGUUAUGGAUUGUGCAAAAUUGUAAUCGUUAUAGAAGAAUAAUUAAAUGUAAAAUUGAUGUUAAAGAAAUUACAGAAAAUUGAAGUUAAGAAUGGCUAAAAAAGUGUUUUGGGUAUCCGAUCAAAGCAAAAUAAUUGUUGAUGGAGUAAAGACUUAUGACGCUACUCUGAAAGUUGGCACAAAUCACCCAACUAUGUCUAAACUCAGAAUUCUAAAAAACCUCAUCGCUUUAUCCAUUGGAUUUCUCUUAUUAUUCAGUGCUUAUCUAGGACUAGCCAAUUUGCAGAGUACUCUCAACAUAGAUGAAAACGUUGGUCUGAUAUCACUUAGCACUCUUUAUGGAGCAAUGAUCAUAUCCUCGCUAUUUUUACCAAAACUUAUUAUUAGAAAAUAUGGCCUCAAAUCAACUUUGGUCAUGUGUUCAUUAGUGUGUGUUCCUUACAUUUGUGCAAAUUUUUAUCCUCGUAUAUACACUCUAGUUCCAGCAAGCUUCCUUUCUGGUCUUGUCGGUCCUCUUUUGUGGUCAGCACAAAGUACUUAUUUGAACGAAAUUAGUGUAUUGUACGCUAGUCUCACUUCUGAAUCUGCAGAAAUCGUAACUGCUCGAUUUUUUGGUGUAUUCUUUAUGGCGUGCCAAAGUACUCAAUUAUGGGGAAAUAUGGCGUCUUUUUUCAUUUUACGACCUGAUACUGAAAAAUCAUAUUUUAAUGAAACCGUAGCGUGCGGGGCUGAAUAUUGUUUUGAAUUAAAUGAUAAUUUGAAGUCACCGAGUGAUGAAAAAAAGAAUAUGUUGAUCGGUAUUUAUUUGGUUAGUGGUUGUUUGGCCAUUUUCAUCAUCGCCGUCUUCUUGGACACCAUUCAAAGGAAAAAUGAAGACGACAAUGAGAGUCUAGCUUCACGAAUUUUUGCUACAUUGAAUCAAAUAAAGAAACCAAAACAAAUACUGCUGUUGCCACUAACAGUUUUUAGUGGUUUACAGCAGGGAUUUUUUGUUGGGGACUUUACCAAAGCUUAUAUUGCUUGUGCCUGGGGAAUUUACCACGUAGGACUUGUCUUCAUGUUUAUUGGCGUGGUAGAUGCAUUUACCGCAUUUACUGCCGGUCGUCUUGUCAAGUACAUACCUCGAGUGGUAAUAAUGCUGAUUGGUACAGCUGGGAAUAUUGCAGUCAGCAUCGUUCUUUUAUUGUGGCAUCCAAACAAUGGAGAAUACAUUAUGUUCUUCAUAUUGGCUGGAAUAUGGGGUGUUAGUGAUGGCACGCUGCAAACAAUGUUAAAUACAUUUUACGGUGUACUUUUUCGAUCCGAAGAGGAAGCAGCCUAUUCCACCUACAGACUUUGGGAAUCAGUGGGAUUUAUAAUUGCUUUUGUAAGCAGCAACUUUCUUUGUGUCGCACCAAAAAUUUACAUUGCCCUUACUGUGUUAAUCAUUGGAAUGAUAUGUUAUAUUACAACAGAAGUUAUAGUGUUUCACCAAUCUACUAAAUCUAAACAAUAUAUUGAUACUGUAUUGUGAAUUGUACCAUAAUUCCUCAACACUUUCAGGGGUCUGUCCAGACAUUUUGAGAAAGGUCCUGUUUUUGUAAAAUUGUGAAAAAACUAUUCAUAAUUUGUGAGGAUAAAAUAAGCGUUAAGUCACAUUCUUUC